UUUUUUUUUUUUUGUAAGAGAGACACAGACAGAGAGGAAGCUUGACAGGGUCCCUAUUGAUUUUUUUUUCCUUCUCCACUUUAUUUUUUUCUGGUUCCCAAAAAGAUAAAAUAUCAAAAGGAAAGGGAACAGCAGAAAGCGAUUUUUACCCUCGUUAUGUCUUCCCUCGGGCACGUGUUUCACUCUAAGUAUAUUGCCAUUGCUGAAAUUCUACGUGCUAUUAUAACACGGCCUAUUUAUCCAAACAGCAAACCUAAUAUCUACAACAAUUUACUCAGUUUGUCAGUCAAGCCGUUAUUCGUUAAAAACCACGAUCUUCUCUUCGCAUGGAGACAUUCAGCAUAUACCAGACCAUAUACAAUUCAAACAAUAUCACCAACUUCGACAUCUGUUAACCUACUCACGCAUUCACAACCGUCAUUAAGGAAAACACCCAAACAUUCUCCUGCGUUAUUGCCUGAAAGUCAAUUUUCGAAGCGACGUUUUACCACAGCGAGCAUUACUUCUUCGCUUAAUAACCAAGACCAAAACAAUACCCCACCCGCAUCACCACCCCUAGUUAAUGAAGUAAAGAAGAAAGGCCGAUAUGUGCUUGUUCAUGACAGUAAAGGGAAUGCCCAUUGGGCUCGUAAAAAUAUUCUAAAAAAACCCAAGCGUAAACCUUCCACCGUUGCCGAAUACAACAAAAACAUCAUGAAUAUCACUCUUAACCACCAACUCAAUAAGGCCAUCAAACUUUUUCGCGAAAUGCAACAACGCCAUCUCUAUCCUGACGUUCAGACUUACACCAUUAUCAUCAACGGUUUUGCCAGGCAGGCCGAUAUGACACGCGCGUACAAGUGGUAUCAAAAACUACUUAACAAUUACCGUACGCACCAUUAUGCUCCUACCCUAAAACCCAAUGUUUAUGUCUACACCACAUUAAUUGACGGGUAUAUGCGAGAGUCUAACGUCGACCAAGCUGAAGCUAUGUUCCGUGUCAUGUUACAGAAAGGCAUUUCGCCAAAUAUCACUACUUACAACGUUCUCAUGCACCAUUCUGUCGUGCAAUUUAACACAGAGGCCGCUUUGAAGUUUUGGGACAGGCUACUAAAGGCAGGCCUAAGGUCGGACGUAUAUACCUUUGCCAUCAUGAUUCAUGGGCUUGGGAACGAAUCCAGGGUGGACGAAGCUUGGCGUCUGUUUGAAUUGAUGCAAAAAGAAAAAAUUAGCUUGAAUACGGUGCUGGCAACCACUUUAAUGAAUAUGCACACGGACCAUAAGGAUUAUCAAUAUGCAAUUGAACUGUUUUAUCGCUUUUUCAGUAAUAAUGGUGCUCUCAAGCCUUCGGAAAGCACGAAAACAGUGUUAUUGAAGGCAGUUUUGCAUAGCUCGCCGCUGGCUAAAGUGUAUGAUUAUUACAGCCAGUAUAGGGAAAGUCUGAAACAACAGCAACGACAAAAGCAAAAGAUGAAAAAGAAGGCGAAGAGACAGGCAACCAGACAGCUUAACGAUAAGGAAGGUAACAAUGCAGAAGCAACAGCACCCCCACCAGCAUCGAAGGUUGAAAGCCCGUCACAUGCCCUGUUUGUAGGCGCCAGCGUUUAUACUUUUACAACGUUUAUGCGAGCUUUCAUCAAGUACCGUGAUUUCCGUAUGGUCAGUACUGUCUAUGCUGAUAUGCUGGCACAUAAUGUUCAGCCUAAUUUAGUCACUUAUUCUGUCAUGAUGUAUUCGUUCUCUUGUUUAUGUGAACCAGAAACGUGUUACCGUAUAUUGGAAGAUCUAAGAAGGAUGUGCUACCAUCAACAGCAACAAAAAGAAGAGGGGGCUACAGCUCCUCAUCCAUCAUCUUUGAAAUUGAACGCUGUUCACUACAAUAUCGUCAUCUCCGCAUUUGGCAAAGCGGGCAAAUGGCAGAAUGCAAAGUAUAUCUAUGAUUUAAUGAAGCAAGAUGGCAUCAAACCUGACAAAUAUACCAUGGAAGCAUUCAGACACGCUCGAAAUGCUGGAUUCUCGAGUUUAGACGAAGAACAGGAUAGCAGUGACGAAAGCAGUGAGUUUGGAAACGAUCAGCAGAAAACCGAUCUUAAGGAUGACUAUUUAAAUGAUGCUGUUUUUGCUCUGGAGGAAGACGACGAGCCGCAUCAAGGCGAUCGAUACACUAAGAAUUAGAGUCGAAUAUUUUAUAAAUAGACCUUGUAAACCUACUUUUAUACCCAAACGAAAUUGAAUAAAGCUAAUAAUCUGACAACAAUCUAUUCUGG